AGUCGGCUACGAUAGCUUAGGGAAUGAUGAUAAAUAUAAAACUAUAUUUUUACAUAUCGCAUGUUUAUUCGAUGGUGAAGAAGAGGAUCGGGUCAUUCAGCUACUUGAUAAUCGUAACUGUGAUAUUAAAUAUGGACUUGGUGUCCUUGUGGAAAGAGCUCUUGUAUAUAUAUCAAGCGACAAACGUGUUAUGAUGCACCAUCUGCUACGAAAAAUGGGCAGAGAAAUAGUUCGUAGGCAAUCUGUUCACGAGCCUGGGAAACGUCAAUUCCUUAUAGAUGCUCAGGAGAUUUAUGACGUUCUUGCUGAUGAGACUGGUACAGGAAGUGUGUUAGGCAUAUCGUUCAACAUGUCUGAGACUAGCGAGUUGUACCUAGGAGAGGGAGCCUUCAGUGGGAUGCAUAAUCUCCAAAUUCUAAGAUUCUAUAAACAAUGGUCCGAUAAGGCCAGGCUGCAUUUACUUGAAGGUUUGGAUUGUUUGCCUCUACCUCGUAAACUUAAGUUGCUUCACUGGGAAGCAUGUCCUAUGAAGCAUAUGCCGUUUCGGUUUCGUCCAGAAUGUCUCAUUGAAAUCAACAUGAAAGAGAGCAAACUUAGGAAGCUAUGGGAAGGAGUCCCAAUGCUUAGAAGUCUAAAGAAAAUGGAUUUGAGUUAUUCCAUUAGUCUGGAUGAACUUCCUGACCUUUCAGAGGCAAUAUUUUUGAACCAUUUGGAUUUGCGGAAUUGUGAAAGCUUGGUUAGGCUUCCUUCCUCUAUUUGGAAACUCGGUUGGUUAAAGUUCUUACACCUUCACUACUGCAUAAACUUAGAGCCUCUUCCAGCAAACAACGCAUUGUCCUCUCUAAGCUACCUCAGCAUUGGCGAAUGCUCGAAAAUUGUGGAUUUUCCGGAGAUUUCUAGUUCUAUUGAACGUCUCGAUGUGUCCUUUACUGCAAUAGCAGCAGUGCCUCCAUCAGUUGAGAACUGGGAUUGUCUUCGUAAGGUGGAAAUGAUUGGUUGUGAAAAUAUAACAGAGUUCCCACGUUUUUCGUAUACUGUCACUAAGUUACAUCUGCAAUCCACAGGAAUAAAAGAAAUUCCUCCGUGGAUCUCGGAUCUCUAUGAGCUCAAAGUAUUGUCGAUGGCCUUUUGCACAGAGCUGGGAGAGAUCUCUCCAGAGAUUUGCGAGUUAGGAAAACUCAAAUCACUUAAUUUCAAAGGUUGCUACAACGUAAGGGAGUUCCCUGCAGAAAUCUUUCAGAGCUUCUGUAUAUGGCAUGAGUUGGAGUUGACAUUGGUGGGCAUUGGCGAGAACAGUUUGCCUACAUAUACACCUGAGGAGACCGAAGAUUUCCCCUUAAGGCUGUAUCUGUCUGAGAAUGACUUUGUCAGUAUUCCAGAUUCCGUCGUGCAGAAGGUACAAUACCUUUGUCUUAGAGACUGCAGAGAACUUGAGUCGCUGCCAGAGCUUCCCGACUCGCUGUCAGAACUGUACGCAGAUAAUUGUGUGUCUCUUGAAAGAUUAUCUCAGUCUUCUCGCUCACCUCAUGAUCCAAAGCUCAUCCUCAGUUUCAUCAACUGCUCGAAUCUGGAUGAAGAAGCGUGUGAACUAGUCAUCAAGCAAUGGGCUUGCGGGUAUGCAGUUCUACCUGGUAGUGAAGUGCCUUACUGCUUUUCUCACCGAGCUAAUGGAAGUUCUCUAAUCAUCCAUUUAAACCCGGGGAAUUUAUAUGGAUCCUUGAGAUUCAAGGCCUGUGUUGUUCAUUCCCCGGGAGAUGAGCUCGAUGAUGUGCCUUUUCGUAGUUUUCAAAUAUCUUGUUACGUAAGAGGCAGGCAUUCCACCACUGUCUAUAAAUGGCCAGAGAUAGAUGUGGAUAAAUCAAAUGAUCCGCUUCUGGAGGAUCAUCUGUUUAUAUUUAACUCUUACUUCACCCUAGAUGGAGACAACAUCCCUGAAAGCGAGAUGCUUUUUGAUUUCAGAUGCUUGGGGAUGAAAGUAUAUCCGGACACCGUAUCCUCCAAUAUAUUGGAAUGUGGUGUACAACUCUUGGAGCCUUGUUCUUGCAAAUACGACAGGCACAGCUCACCCCGAGGUAUCGACUAUUCCUCUCAAGGACGAUGAAGGCAACAACAAGAACAUUUCAGAGACAGGGAAAACCAAUAAACGAGAGAGGUCAAGUGAUGCAGAGGGACUAGAGAAGACGAGCAAAAAUCUGAGACUCAGCAACUGAGAAAUAUGGGCGAAAAUCUGAAGAGACCCACAUUGAUGCUUCGUGUGUGUUAUUUGAUGUUAUGUGUGAGUCUAAUUUAGUUCAUUAAAAGCUUGCACUGUGCUGAUUGAUGGUUGUUAAAUGUUGAUGUGUGUGAAAAGUGACAAAACUUGAUAUUAAAGGAAGGAAGCGCACUGUGUCUAGUUGGUUUUGGGAGGCAAAGUAUGACGGCUGCAGGAGCUGAUUCUGGAAACGGACUAUGAAACAUUCUGAUGUUGACAGACCAGUUCUACAUUGGCGAGUUUUAUGUGGCACUAUGUGAUUGUUAUCUAUGAUGCAAUGUAUCUUAAAUUGUUACACUUUUGGUCGAACACGCUUGUAUUUGUGUUCGACCAAGUUGUUCUUCAGUUCUCGCAUUUGCUUAUGUGUUUGUAUCAGUUUCCUCUGUGUGCAUUUGUAAAAAAAUGCUUUUUCAAAACUUGUCAUCCGGCACUAGUCCGAUGGUGAAACUGUUUCAGGACCUUUUCUAUUCAUUUUGCGAUUCCCAUCGACUGUUUAAAAAUGCUUUUUUCAAGCGUUGUAAAAAAAUUCGUUUGAUUCUUAAAUUGUUUCAAUUGUUGAUGACUACGGCAUGGUUUCCUAGUCGUCAACCAAUUCCUGAUUAAUGGCUUGUUGAUGUGUACGUUGGUUUUUAUGGACUUCAGAAGUUGCAAAAUUGAAAUUUGAUUUCGAAUGCUUAUUUGGUAGUAGCCCUUGACUUAACAAGAAUCAAUCUUUAUUUCCUUUCAGAGAAACACAAACAUAGCAGCAAAUCCAAAAGAUGCCAUAUCACAAACAAUAUGCAUCAAAACUAACUUCGACUAAAUAUUUUUAUAAGAAAAAGUAAUCAAAGCAAAA